AUGUCAUCUACCGCCCAAGUUCUGUCUAUUGACGAUAUGCAGCAGCUAGUUGAUUUACUGCAUCACUUUUCAGCAAAUUUCCAAGAGGAUGACUUGAGAGUAUGCGUGCCAUGGAACUUGGCACAUGCAGACAGCGUGCACGAAAUUCUGUACAGAGAAAGAGACGCUAAACCCACAGCAUCCUACGACCCCGAAAGACGCAUCUUGACCGUAAAAGCCAGGGGUGGGCCUUUGCACACCAGCGUCUCCGGCUUCGCUUAUUUUACUCUUAUGGCUCACAGCAUGGGGGGUGUCUUCACAAAGAGCGAGUUGCAUUACAUAACCAUGGGUAAAAGCGUGCAAUACCUCGCCCGGAGGCGCGACUGGGGCAAGAAAAGGAAAGGGAUGUGGCGGAAAUGUCCUGAUGUGACUAUUUUUUCCAAGGUUUGGGUGCGUCACGGCCUCGACCUCUAUGCGACCAUAGUGUUCAAAGUGGGGUUUAAGAGCGAAAGUUGGGAAGAUUUGCACGUUGAUAAAGAGCAAUGGCUUGUCGGGGGCGAUGAACAACGAGGGCUACCGAGGCAUCGCGCUGCCGCAUCCAGAGCCUUCUUAGAAACCUCGGAAACUCAAAAAGGAAAAGCCUUGCACAUGGAAGUACAGGGCCCAGACGAAUACUUUGAUGAAAACGUUGAUGAAGUCGCAUCUGAGGCCGGUAUCCACGGCAAGUCAGACCCAGACGAUUGGAUGGGUCCUUUAGAUGUGUCUAUGGAAGUCUGGGAACGAGGACCAUCUGGCCCGCAACAGCGAGGCAAUCGCACCCACCCCGAAGACAGACUCGACAGACCCGGCAGACCUGUAGCUCAAAAUUACGGGCUUUUUACCGGCAAGCUACUAUGA